GGAGUAUCUGUUGGAGGUUAGGCAAUGUGGGAAUUAUUUUACUGUAAAAAUCAGAAGGUUGGUUUUACUUAACCGUCUCCUAAUCUCCAAUCAUUCUUUUGAAUUUUUUCCAUACAUUUAUGGGCAUUAGUAUCCUACUUAAACUCUGAUCCUAUCACAUUUGUUGUAAGACAAGCUUCUUUUCUAGUGGGGAAAAGUUGGGAGGUGCAAAGAAUGCGUGAAUGGCUGGUCCAGAUUUAGGAAACCCCUCUAUUAAAUACAAAACCACAGAUUGCCCAGGCGAUGCCAAUAAUAAUCAUGGGCCAUGUAAUGAAUCAAGAGCAUUGAUGGUACCGAAGAUGACGGCUUCAACAGCUGAGGGAGAGUACAUCAGGCGGCCACGUGGCCGGCCCAUUGGUUCGAAGAACAAGCCUAAGCCACCCAUAAUUAUCACUCGAGAAAGUGCAAAUGCACUUUGGGCCCAUGCAAUGGAGGUGAGGUCUGGGUGUGAUAUUGGCGAGAGCAUCGCUAACUUUGCAAGGAAGAAACAACGUGGCCUGUGCAUACUUAGUGGAAGUGGGUGUGUGAUGAAUGUCACCCUACGGCAGCCCACUUCUUCGGGUGCUAUCAUCACCCUCCAUGGUCGAUUUGAGAUACUUUCCUUGUUGGGUUCUUUCUUACCUCCACCGGCGCCGCCUGGAAUCACUGGCCUAACCAUCUACUUGGCAGGUGCCCAGGGGCAAAUUGUCGGUGGGGGCGUUGUUGGAUCGCUUAUUGCAUCGGGUCCGGUGGUGAUCAUGGCUGCAUCUUUCAUGAACGCCACAUUCGAUCGUCUUCCAAUAGAUGAAGAUGUAGCUGCUGCAAAUAAUCAACACCACCCAAAUCACCAUCAGAAACUUGAGGUGCCCAGCUUGUAUGGCCCACCACCGAACUUGAUCUGCAACGUUAGCUUGCCUCAAGAGCUUUACCCUUGGUCACCAGGGCACCAAUUUACUAGGAGUUAGAUUAAGGGGCUCUCUUAGCUGUUUGUUUUUAUCAUUACUAAAGUGUUGUUGGAUGCUGUAA